AUGGGUAACCACAGCAGUCAUGAAAAGUCUGGAACAGAUGGAAGUGGUAGUGGGACUAGUACCCCUCGUGGAUCUACGCGAGGAAAUAGAUCUGGGUCCAACGGGGAAGUGCAAGGUCAACCGGAAAAACCUGAACCCGCGGCGCCCUUGUCUCUUGUUCCAGUAGAAAAACUCGGAAAGCUGCUAGUUCAACGUUCACAAAAAGAGGAUGGAGUCAACGGUGUUACAGAAAAUUCUUUUACAAAAUACCUCUUCCCCCGGUACCCCGAAUUGGCGAGACAGUUCUACAGAUACAUCCACAAGUUGGGGAAGUGCAAGAACAAGCACAUCCCGCUGGCCACUUUUCGGCAUCAGUGCGAGAGAAUAUUAGCGAUUCUUGACGACAAUGCGAUUAUCGAUACAUAUGUUAGAAUGUUUUGCACAGAUCCCGAAGAGGCGUCAGUGACCCCGGACGAUCUACGCAGCCUUCUCUAUGUUAGCUACAAAUUAUCUAUGGACUACUAUCCCGAAGGACCACAGACAUGCAUGCUGAUUAAUAAGACGCUGACCGCCGUGGUGGGGGGGUGUUUCAACAAGGCAGACUCGCAUAGCGUCAAUUUUGUAGUCCGUUGGCUGGAGGAGCAUUGUCAUCGCCUAGUCUUUCCUGUGCAUAGAUAUUGUGUUCAUCUUCUGGCUACUCGUCACCGUGAACUGGAGUCUCAGUUGGAGUCCAGUCCGGGCGAGAGUGGGACGGGUAUCGAAUUGGCUACGCCCGUGUUAGACAGGGUCGGGCCUACUGUUGCGUUGUUGCCUGUGUCUGCUGCUUGGUUGGUAGCUGCUACUUUACCACAGGUAUACACGCGCCCAUUGAAACCCCCUCCAGUAGCGCACAGUGGUAGCAACAGCGCAAGCGCAGCGUGGAUGUCUCGGCUCGUGUGCGCCCUACCCUCCCACUGGGUACCACUCUACUCCUCCAACGAACAUGGGUUGGGCGCUAAUAGGUUUCUACACCACACUUUGGCAUACAGAGGCCCUACACUAGUCGUGGUCGCCGGAAGCGCGGAAGGUGGCGAAAGUGUCACUGUGGUGGUGGCUUCAUCCCAGGAGUGGAGAGAGACGCACCAGUAUUGGGGUGGACCGGACUGCGCUCUGCUGCAGCUCUACCCUACAUAUUCGUUAGUUGAACGUGCACCCCGUAUGCUGUAUCUGAAUACGUCCAUCAGAGGGUACCCGAAGGGACUCCGCGCUGGGUCCGAUCCCAGGGCACCAAUCCUCUCCAUCAAUGAGGGUUUCGACGCGUUCACCUUUAAAGGCGUUCCAUAUCCACUAAAGGCGAUAGAGGUAUGGGGAUGUGGAGACUGCGCGCUGCGCGAAUCUCAGUUGGACGUCAAGAAAUGGCAAGUCAAGGAGGCAGAACGACAUAGAAACGUCAAAAUAUCUGCAGCCGACUGGAUUGAGCACCCGGACAGAUAUCUGCUGGAGAUGGCAGGUCGACCCCAGUACAAUACAACUGCCUCAUAG